AUGUACUACGACGAAGCCGAGCGGAAGAGAAAGAGGAGGAAGAAGAUCUUCAUCGGAGUUGGAGUUCUGAUUAUAUUGUUGGCAAUCAUCAUUCCGGUGGCAGUUGUAGUUUCUAACAAGAAAGGCGGGACCUCGAACAGCGCUGGCGGAGCCGCAAGUAAUUCCACCAAGCCGGCCAACAGUAAUCUAGACGGCAUCACGGAGGACAGCAUACCGAAGCAGUAUCAAGGGACAUAUCUGGAUCCAUUCACGUGGUAUGACACUGAGUACUUCAAUGUCACUUUCACGUCAGAGAUGGUGGGCGGUUUGCCUCUCAUGGGAUUGAACAGCACCUGGGAUGACAGUAAACGAGCAAACGACAAUGUUCCUCCCCUCAGUGAGGACUUUCAAUACGGCACGAUGCCGGUCAGGGGCAUUAAUCUAGGCGGCUGGUUGAGCAUCGAGCCUUUCAUCACGCCUUCACUAUUCAGCGGUUAUACAACUCACGACAACGUAAUCGAUGAGUACACGCUAUCCCAGCAGCUGGGUGCGACCAAUGCGAAGAGUACCCUCGAGAAACACUACUCCUCUUGGGUAUCCGAGCAGACUUUCGCAGAUAUACAGGCUGCUGGAUUUGACCAUGUUAGAAUACCGUUCUCUUACUGGGCUGUCAUCACCUAUGACGGUGACCCGUACGUUGCGAAUGUGUCGUGGAGAUACUUGCUGCGAGGCAUUGAGUGGGCUCGCCAGUACGGCUUGCGAAUCAAUCUUGAUCUCCACGGCGCUCCAGGAUCCCAAAAUGGAUGGAACCAUUCUGGUCGACAAGGUCUGAUCGGAUGGCUUAACGGUACAGAUGGUCAGCUGAACGGCGACAGAACCAUUUCCAUCCAUAAGCAGAUUUCUACCUUCUUCACCCAGCCACGCUACAAGAACAUCGUCACAAUGUAUGGGCUGGUUAACGAACCUCGCAUGGUCGAGCUCGACACCACUACCGUCAUUACAUGGUCACAGAAGGCCAUCGAUGCAAUUCGUGCCAACAACUUCACCGGUGUCAUUGUCUUCGGCGACGGUUUCAUGGGCCUUGACAAUUGGCAAGGCAAGCUGCAAAACAACAAGAAUCUGCUUCUCGAUGUCCAUCAGUAUGUCAUCUUCAACGUUGAGCAGAUUGUCCUCAAUCAUCACGACAAGGUCAACUUUGCGUGUGGUGGCUGGACGCAACAAGCCCUCCGUUCUCAGAACACUGCCACUGGCUUUGGACCCACCCUCUGCGGCGAAUGGUCACAGGCUGACACGGACUGCGCUACGGACCUCAACAACGUGGGAGUUGGAUCGCGGUGGGAGGGUACGCUCAACAUGGACUCCACACCCGGCGGCGGGUCCUCUGGUAGCGUUCUCUCACCUACCUGCCCGACGAAGAACAAUCCGCGCUGUGAUUGUGGCCCUGCCAAUGCAGACCCCAGCUCUUAUUCCGACCAAUACAAGCAGUGGCUCCUGAUGUUUGCCGAGGCGCAGAUGCAUUCGUUCGAGCAGGGCUGGGGAUGGUUUUAUUGGACCUGGCAGACAGAGUCCAGUCCGCAGUGGAGUUACAAGGCGGGUCUGGCGGCGGGUAUCCUGCCACAGCAGGCCUAUUCGCGGGACUUCAAUUGCAACACGACGAUUCCGACGUUUACUGGUUUGCCGGAGUACUAUUAA